AUGUUAUCUACAGAACUGGUAAAAAGACAAAAGGGCCUGGGCCAAGCUCUACCCUCUUUGGACGACCAACAGGAGGCGUCCCUGCCAGAGGGACUGUACCCUGAGAUGAAUCCGGCCCUCCAACAGCAACUGAUGCUGCUGCAACUGCAACAACAGCAGCAAGCUCUGAUGGCCUUGAGAAACGGAGCCCGGGACAGGGGUAUGCCACCAAUGGAAGAUCUGCGAGCAGCCUCAAUGGACCCACGACUCGCUAUGAUGAUGAAUGGCCCACCCAUGCAGACGCCUAUGCCGCCAUCUAUGAUGGCCCCGGAUAUGCUCCGCGGAGCAAUGCCCACCGACAUGCGCAGAAUGCCCGGAAAUGAUGCCCCAGGUGUACCAGAACCAUUCCAAGACCUCCGACCAAUGCCCCCCGGCCAGGAGACUGGUAGGCCCUACCGCCAACGUAUCAGGUCAUUCCUGGAGAAACUGAAAGCCAAGGUCGCCGAGAGGAAGGCAGAAGCAUCCCCCGAGAAGAGAAAGGGCGGAGACAGGGCAAGGGCUCUUAGGGCCAGGAUGAUGAUGAGACUCGCAGCAGCUAAUGGCGCUCCAAAUCCCAUGAUGGGACCUGGCCCCGUGAUGGGACAAAGCCCGAUGAUGGGACCAAGUGUGAUGGGACCGUAUCCCGCAAUGGGUCAGAACCCAUUGGUGCAAAAUCCCAUGAUGGGACGACACCCAAUGAUGCAAAACCCAAUGAUGGGGCAACAUCCAAUGGCCCAGAAUCCAAUGAUGGGGCAACAUCCAAUGGCCCAGAAUCCCAUGGUGGGACGGCAUCCAAUGGCACAGAACCCCAUGAUGGGACCACAUCCAGUGCCACAGAAUCCCAUGAUUGGGCAAAACCCGAUGAUGCAAAACCCCAUGAUGGGACCACGCCCCAUGACACCUCGUCCCCCACUGCAAAGACCCGGCAUGCUACCUCCUAUGGCCCAGAGAACCCCUGGUUUGCCGACGAGUCCUUCUGAUCCACGUAGCCUGAACGGACAAAGUAGGUUUUUGCAUUAAGUCAUUAAGUCUCUU